UUGAGUAUGCAGCGGAGAGGCGGGGAUAUGCAAAUAAGACACGCGUGAUUGGACGCUCUGCGCAGGAGUGGGCGCGGUCGGCGCUGUGGUUGGUGUCAGUUUACGCCGCUUCUACAACUAAACUCACUCUGAAAGCUGAAGCAUGGUGAGAGCUCUGCAUCACUGAGCGGCUCCAAAACAUAAACACCAACUUUUUUUUUCCAGAGAAGGUUUGAGGGAACCCAGCCAUGCAUAGCUGCUCUUAGUUUGGGUGAAAAGGCUGCGGAAAUUCACUCGCUCUAGCUUCAGUUUUCGCCAUGGCCGAGCAGCGGCAGCUGGUCGAUUUCGACCCGGACUUCGAGCCUCUUUCCCGUCCGCGCUCUUGCACUUGGCCGCUGCCGAGGCCGGACCUCAGCGAGCCGGGCGGUUCGAGCACAUCCUCCCCGGCGCCUUCGGUGAAGCAGGAGCCGGGCAAUGUGGACUUUAUCAGCAGCCUGAGCCUGCUGGAAGAGACGGAGGACUACCCGGAGGAUGGGAAGGGGUUUGUGCCGUGCAGUGGCUUCCCGUGUCCGGAAGGCUGCGUCCACCAGCAGCCCCAGCAGCAGCAGCAGCAGCAGCAGAGCCCCAGGCUGGUUCAGCAGCAGCAACAGCAGCAGCAGCAGCAACAGGUGCCUCUUUCCGGGCAGAGGAAGAGCAGCUCUUCCCGUAGAAACGCCUGGGGCAACAUGAGCUACGCGGAUUUGAUCACCAGGGCCAUCGAAAGCUCCCCUGAGAAGCGCCUCACUCUGAGUCAGAUCUACGAGUGGAUGGUGAAGAGUGUGCCUUACUUCAGGGACAAGGGGGACAGCAACAGCUCCGCGGGAUGGAAGAACUCCAUCCGCCAUAACCUGUCUCUGCAUAGCCGGUUUGUGCGCGUUCAGAAUGAGGGAACAGGGAAGAGUUCGUGGUGGAUGCUGAACCCUGACGGAGGGAAGAGCGGGAAAUCCCCCCGCCGCAGAGCCGCCUCCAUGGACAACAACAGCAAAUUCGCCAAGAGCCGCGGCCGCGCAGCUAAAAAGAAGAUGUCUCUACAGGCUGGUUUAGACACUGGCUCUAACAGUCCAGGCUCGCAGUACUCUAAAUGGCUCGGCAGCCCAAACUCCCACAGCAACGAUGACUUCGAGGCCUGGACCACCUUCCGGACGCGGGCCAGCUCGGACGCCAGCACGCUCAGCGGUCGGCGGUCACCGUAUUUGGCCGAGGAAGACGUUGGCGAGGCUGGAGAAAUCCACAUGGGCUACCCUGGCACUCCUGGCACCAAACUGGGGGGCACCCUGCCCAGCCUGUCUGAAGUGGCCGGGUCACUGGGUCACCAUGGAUCGUCCAAAAACGUGAUGAUGGAAAAUCUUUUAGAUAACCUCAACCUUCUGUCGCCCAAAAAUAACAGCCAGGGUGGACAGGAGAGCCAGAAUGCCUCGGGAAAUUCUGGUUAUUCGCCCUACAGCUCACCCGGACUGGCUGCCCAGCCUCAAAGCCAGCCGGACUUUCGUAAGUGGCCAUUGUCCAUUCAGACUCUGUCAGACAAUAAGCCAAGAGGUUAUGGGCCCUUCAUGGGUCAGUAUAACUGCCCCACAGGUCUUUUAAAGGAGCUUUUGACCACUGAUGCUGACCCUAGAGGGGAUAUACUGCCACCUAUGGAAGCUGUGGGGUCACAAAGUGGGGUACUGCCCCCAUAUAAUGCCCAGGGGCAGUUAGGGCAGGGGGGCAAAUUGUCCGGCCCUCAUGCACAUGGCCACCCAAACCCGCACCCAAGGCCAAUUCACCCUCAGCUGCCCUCCACAAUGAACGGUUGUGGCCUUUUGCCCCUAGGGCAUCCUGGUCGCCAUGGUACCGUGAAGCCAUACCCUCACCUGCCCCAUGGACAAGUGCCUCACCUGGGUGGAAGAGGAGGGGGCGGAGCUGUGGAUGCAGUCCCGCCGCCGAAUUACUGCAAUGUCAACGGCAAUGGUUACCAUAGAACCACCCCGGUCCAGCAUCAUCACCAUCACCACCAUCACAGUCACCUGGAACGGUUGCCUAGCGACCUGGACGACAUGUCCAUCGAGCGGCUGGAGUGCGACGUGGAGACGGUCCUGCACGACACGCUGAUGGACGGCGACGCGCUGGACUUCAACUUCGACCCCAUGGCCAGUCAGCAGGGGUACGCGCACACGGGGGUCGCGCAGGGGGUCAAGACCACCACACACAGCUGGGUGUCUGGAUAAACGCACACAUACAUGCAUAGACUCUGAUUGAAAGCCUUCUUUACUCUAAGAGCAAAACGUUGAGCAUACACUGUGAUGUAUGAGGCCUUUUUGAAUAUCUGAGUAUACGGUAGUGCUGGGCGAUAUUGAUCAAAUUCAAUAUCACAAUACUUUCCAAACAUAUCAUGAUAUCUGAUGAUAUUUCAGUUUGCCUUGAUACAGUUAACCCUAUCUUUGUCUUUGCCCCCUUUAACUCGUUACAAGAACGAUUUGGUGGGAAAUCAAAUGUACAUAAUUUUCCAUUUUCCCCAGAUGUAGUUGAUCAGUCAAGGCAUGUUUGGUGUCUGAAGUUUACUUCCUUAGUUUAGAACUGGAGCUAUGAGGCUAACAUAGCUAACACUAGAAGUCAAUAGUCACCCAAAUCUGUUUUGUAAAUACAUCCCCAAAACUCCUCUCAACCUGCUCAAACUGCAUCCAGGUCUUCAUUAUGCAUGCAUCUGAAGUGGAGUUGGAUUCUGAGAGGGAGUCACAACACACCUGUUGUCUAAAGUGGCUGCGUCCAGCUACACAGUGAAGUUUUGUUCAUUUUUAUAGCCCACAGUGAGUCACAGUGUCCUGGUUGCGGUUUGUAUGGGUGGAUAGAGGUUUUGGGUGACUAUUGCCUUCUAGUGUUUGUUAGGAGCGUUAGCUCCAGUGCUAAACUAAAAAGCAAAUUUUGGACACCAAGCACAUCCUUCCUGAUCCACUACAUCUAGAGUUUGUGAGUAUGAGGGAAGACUGAUUGAGGAGAACUCUGAGAACUUGGGCGGGAGUUCUGGGCAGCUUCUGCUUGUAGCCAGAAGGCCAGACCCCCUCAAAGCUGUAGUUGGACUGAUGUAGGACUGAGGAACAGGGAGGAGACGGGGUGGCGGUGGUUAUUGGGAACGCUUCGUCACAGGAACGGAAGGUGAGGAUGUGAAUGUAUGGGGCGUUAGACUGGAAGAAGGAGGGUUUUCAGCCAUGCUCCUCCCCCCAAAACUUCAGUUCUUACAUAACUUCAUUAAGUGGAAAAUUGUGCACAUUUUCAGAGAAGUUGGUGAGCAUCACAUCCACAUUGGACAAAAAUGGAUCUGUGAGCUCCAGUGUUUCCUAUCACUGUAUAAAAGCUCCAAGCUGCCUUUAUUGUUGGAUGCACUGCCAUAGCACACAUUGAGAAUAACCAUGGUUAUAAGUGCAUGUUAUUGUGGGUUAUGUUCCUUUUCGUGGGUAUGCUUGCAAACACAAUAGACAAAACAACUUUGUUAGUAAAUGCAGCAACAGCAACGUCAUUAAAUGCGGAGGGCAGACUGAAGGCAGGAAUGAACCCAGUGAACCCGUAUGUUAAACAAACCUGAUAUGGCUUGUUUUGAUUGAAUGGUUCUGUUCUGUUCUGUUUCCUUCCUCAAAGGGAGCCUUGCUCAGAAAUUUUAACCAGACACAGAACACAUUUCAAGAAAAGAAACAUUUAUUUUACUUUUUAAAUAUUUUGAAGUGUUGUUUUAAAGCAAAUGGCACACAUUGCGUUUAAAUGUUUUGCUAUCUGUCAAUAUGUCUAGAACUAGAAACUUUUGUUUUGUGGCACCAAUAUAUAUGUAAAUAUACAUUAUAUCCCCCAGCACUAGCAUACAGUAUAUGUGAAAAGAUAAUUGAAAUUUGAUGGGAUUUGUUUGGUUUUUCUUGGUCAGAAAAGCUAAAAUCUUGACAUUCCUCACAGCCCUGCUCUGUCCAUCCCAGUCGUUCCUCCUGCAGAACUCACAGGCUAAAAACAAGGCAGAUUCACUCAUCAUCAGCCACAAACAACUCAAAAGACCAUCUUUCAUAUCUUCUCUUUCAUCUCUUUCUCCAAAUCUUGGGAUUUUUAUGGCUGGAUUUAGGAAUAGUUUGACCAAACGUGCUAACAUAGCACUAAAGGUGCCAACAAAAUCUGCAUUGCCAUCCAAGAACCACUUUUGUGGAUGGUUCUUUAGAGAAUCAGUUUUGUAAAAGGUGAUGUGUGAGUGUGUGGGACCUUUGUAAAGUUUGAAAAGCAUCUGUGAAGAACCCUUAAAUUGGCACAGAACUUUUAGAAGGUUCUUUAAACCUUAACAGGGUUCUUCACACUCACAAUGCCUUUUCAAACAUAGUUCUUCAGGGAACCUUCUAGGAAGAACCCUUAAAUUGGCAUAGAACAUUUAGAAGGUUCUUUAAACUUCAAACAUGGUUCUUUAGGUAACCAAAUGGUUUUUAAUAGUAUCACUCAUAACGGUAAUGGUUUUAACCGUAUCACUCAUAGAACCUUUGUGAGGUUUGAAAAACCUCCAAAUAAUGUGAGAGUUCUGUGAAGAACCCUUAAAUUGGUGUAGAAACUUUAGAAGGUUCUUUAAACCUUUACAGGGUUCUUCACACUUACAAACUCCUUUUUAAACAUAAUACGUCAAUAAACCUUCUAGGUAGAACCCUUAAAUUGACAUAGAACAUUAAGAAGGUGGUUUAAACCUUUAAAAUGUUCUUCACAUUCACAGGCUCCUUUUCAAACAUGGUUCUUCAGGGAACCAAGUUGGUAUCACUCAUAGAACCCCUUGUGGCCCCUUUCUGGGUGAGACGUACCUCACGGGCCUGGCUUGUAACUCACUCACCCAUUCAUGUUUAGCAGGCUGAAGAUUCCACACAAGGGGGCGCUGUUAGCACUAAAAAAGCUUAAUAAGAGUGCGGUUCAUCUGUUUUUUGAAGAGUGGCCAACAGUGAAUCUAAGCUAGUUGCCAGUCUCACCGGAAUAAUGCUAAUUGGCGGUGAUUUGAUUUUAUUUACUGUUAGCAACAUUAGCAUUUUGGACCGAACUUUUCUUUAAAGCCAACUUCUGCUACCCAAACAAAUGUUAACCAUUCCAGUUUGGCUUGGUUAAAAACAAUCAUUUUAAAAAUAAAGAAAACAAGCCAGACAUUUUUGCUGUAUGUGCUGUUUUUAUUGACUGGACAGACUGUCUCUAAAAAAAUAGGCCAAACCUUUUUUUUAAAAUUCAUUUUUCUUUUAUAACGUCCAUGUUUUGCCGUAAUGAACUGGAACGCCCUACAACAUGCACAUUGUUGUACAUUAACAGUGGGCCUUGUUCACAUUUCAUGUCUUUUGUAUAGAUAUGUAUAUUUUUGUUGUAUAUAAUGUAAUUGGUUUUGGUUUAUACUGUAUGUGUAUUUGACUGUUCUGUUUUAAAAUUCUGAAAUUCUUCUCGCUUUGCUUUUACAAUUGCCUGUUGUUUUUUUUUCAAUGGGAAAUUUUAACCUUUACAGCAGGAAUGUCCAGCUGAAAUUCUGUCUGGGCUUUUUUUCUGGACAGUUUAACCACCUGAAUGUAUUAACUGAUUAUUUCUCGACACUGUAUAGUGUGCCUUCAAGCUUUCGGCCAUUUUCACUCUAUAUUUUUUAGAAUUUUGCCAGAACCUUUUGUGGAAGUUGUGCAUUUUCAGCCUUUUUCUACUCGAGUUCAUUCUGUUGUUUGUUUUCUUGCCUCUUAGGGCAGCAUUUUUCAAUUAUAAUCUCUAUCUGUGACAUCUGAAGCAUAUGUUUGGUUACCACAGGCAAUGGAGUCCCUGCACUGAGAAAAGGCCAGAAAAUCCACUACCUGAAAAUCCAGCCGCCCGUCGACUUUUUUGAGUCAGUGGGUUUUCUGUUCUUUUUGACAUGUACACACAAUGAAAUGAUUAUAUCUUAAGCAGCUGCCCACUGCCCACUAUUCUAAAUGUUUUGAGUCAGUGAAUUUUUUAUAAUUUCCUACAUACAUAUUGAAAUUAUUACUGAUGAAGAACUGCCUGCUGACUUCUAUUAAAUUAUCUAUAAUAGAGUCGUUUGCAAAAGCUUGUGAAAGUAAAGCUGGGGUUACACUACACGACUUUUACCCCAAUUUUAGCCUUGAUUCUCAGUCUGGCUGAGUCUGAGCUGGUCAUCUCUAGUCUGCAGAUUUUUGGGUCAGUCAGAGUCAGUUGGAGAGAGUCGAGUCAAACAUGUUUGAUUUCUGAGAGUAAUCUAGUGUAAACUGGUCAAUGACUCAGUUUGAACAGACUCC